UCCACCCAGGGUCGGACACGUCGCCUCAGCCCCGAGACAUUGUGUUGGUCUCCGCAGCAGCCCUUUUUGCCCAGGACACCAGGGUCUCCCGGGCAGGGGUGCGGGGAACGACUUUCUAGCCCUAGGGGGGGCCCUCGCUCCUGGACGCCGGGGUCUUCCCGCCUGGGGUGGGGGGAAGGGGGGGGCCCUCGCUCCCGGACGCCGGGGUCUCCCCGCCAAAGCCAGGUCUCUCUGGCCCUAGAGUGCCCUCGCUCUUGGACUCCUGGGUUUCUCCGCCCUGGGGUACAUUCGGCUUUCGGACGCCUUGAUCUUCCGAGAUCUAGGGGGCUUUCGGCUUCACUACACCCAGGUCUCCCCGCUGGAGGUGUGACUUCCACCUCUAGCCUCCCCCACCCCCACUCCCGCUCCCGCACGUCUGGGACUUUCCGGACCCAAGGGGCCCCUGCUCCCGGACGCCGGGGUUUUUCCUCCAGGGGCGCGUCUCUCCGGCCCUAAGCCCCCUUCAUCCGGCUCUGGGACGCUGAAGCUGCGAGGGCCUGGGGGCGAUGAGUCGGGGGGCGCUCCUGGCCCUGGCAUUGCUGGUGUACGCGGGCUACCUGAUGCUGGGCGCCCUCGUGGUCUCGGCGAUCGAGCGGCCGCACGAGAGCCGGCUGCGGGCUGAGCUUCGGGCACUGAAGGGGGAGCUGCUGGAGCGCAGCCCAUGCCUGGACGACCCGACGCUAGAGCGCUUCCUGGGGCGGGUGCUGGAGGCCGGGCGCCACGGGGUGUCUGCUCUGCACAACGCCACAGCGCCCAGCAGCUGGGACUUCGCCUCUGCGCUCUUCUUCGCCAGCACCCUCAUCAGCACCGUGGGUUAUGGGUACACCACCCCCCUGUCGGAUUCGGGCAAGGCCUUCUCCAUCUUCUUCGCCUUCCUCGGGGUGCCAUUUACCAUGCUGGUGCUGACGGCAACGGCACAGCGCGUGGCCUUGCUGGUGACCCACGCCCCACUGCACCAGCUGCAGCUCCACCGAGGCUGGGACCGGAGGCUGCUGGCCCGUUGGCACCUGGUACUGCUGCUGCUGGGGGUACUGGUCAUCUUCUUCCUGGUGCCAGCCGCCAUCUUUAUGUACCUGGAGCAAGCCUGGACUUUCCUUGAUGCUUUCUAUUUCUGCUUCAUCUCCCUUUCCACUAUUGGCCUGGGGGAUUAUGUCCCUGGUGAGCAGGAGGGUCAGAAGAACAGGGCCCUCUACAAGGUUUUGGUCACAGUAUACCUGUUCCUGGGCCUGGUGGCCAUGGCAUUGGUCCUGCAGACCUUCCGGCGUAUGGCUGACCUCCACGGCUUGACCGAGCUCAUCCUGCUGCCCCAGGAGUACCGGGCCGAGGAUGAGGAGAACGAGGACACAGAUAUCCUGGACACUAGGGUUCAACCCACUCACCAGCAGCUCAACUCAGGCACCCGAUCAGACUAUGCUACCAUCCCCCGGUAGCCCUCCCCCCUUGCCCAGGCCCUGCCUUGGGGGCCAGGUAUAGGCCUGGGGUAGGACUGAGCCCCCUUUUAUCCUUGCUAUGACUGUCCCCUGUGUCUAAUCCGUGAGCCCUGCUACCCAUUGGCAUGGGCUAAUAUUACAAGUGUUUCUCUUUUUUGCACUUCAGAAGAGUCCCCCAUCUCAUUCGAUGCCAGUUGUGUCCAAGUGUGCUGGGGGCAGAGGGGCUGGGAGAGGGGAGCAAAGGAUUUCAAGGGAAUCUCUGGCUGGGCACUAAUUCCCAUACUCACAAGAGUCCUCCAGGCUUCAGGGGUUGACCUUCUUAGUGUGAGGAAGAGAUAAAUGCCCAUGUUUAUAAGACUUGGAAGAUGAACAACCAAGAAGAGGAAGGUGAGGUCAGAUUUGGAAAGAAAUGGGUUAGGAUUUCUGAGUUCUGAUCUUGCCCAAGCAAGUCACUUUUUGUAGCCUCAGUUUCCCCUUCUAAUACAAUGAAGAAGUUUAAAUAAAUGGUCUCUAAGGGCCUUUGUAGGAUACAUUGCUGGGUUUAAUUUUCUUCUUUUUUUUUUUUUGUGAGGCAAUUGAGGUUAAGUGACUUGCCUAGGGUCACUAAGUGAGUGUUAAGUGUCUGAGGUCAGAUUUGAACUCAGGUCCUCCUGACUUCAGUCAGGCAGGUACUCUAUCCACUGUGCCACCUAGCUGCCCCUGGGUUUAAUUUUCAUAUCCCAGCCAGGCAUCUUUUUCCCAUUGCUUCCUUACUAGAGACAGUAACUAGGGUUGGGUGAUCAGGACUUUAUACCAGGGCAUCCACAUUUAGGAUCCCUGUCUCUUGGGUACACUUUCCCUCUCUGGCAGCCAAAUUGAAGGUAAGUUACUUUGCCUCUGCCUCAGGCACAAAUUCCUAAUAUAUAGUUCCUUCCCUCCAUCUUUAUACUCUGGUUGUGAUUGUUCUCCUUUCUUCUCAGUCUGUUCACCCUGCCUUUGAAAAUCUCUGCCUAAGCCAUUUUCCACAUAUAAUUUAUAGGGUAAAGGACAAAGUCAGAAUUCUUCGAUCAGCUUCAGACCAAAGAACUGUUGUGAAUUCCUCCAAUAGACCCUUCAUUCUCUGUCCUCCCUCCAGUGGUCUAAAGUGGUCUGGCACCUAGAAGAAUUUAAAAAAUGCUAUUGACUGACUGCUCAUAACUGAAUUAAGCCAGGACUGUCUUUCCAGUGCCCACACUAAUCACCCCAUAACUUUCUUUCUUUUAAUUUAAUUUAAUUUUUUUUAGUGAGGCAAUUGGGGUUAAGUGACUUGCCCAGGGUCACACAGCUAGUGUCAAGUGUCUGAGGUCAUAUUUGAACUCAGGUCCUCCUGAAUCCAGGGUCUGCCCUUUAUCCACUGCACCACCUAGCUGCCCCACCCCUAAACUUUCAAAGAGCUUAGGUCUUGGAAAAGGUUAUGAAAAGACCAUGACACCCACUGAGCCACUAGGUGGCGACAUGGUGUAUAGAGUGCUGGAGAAGGAAAUUGCAAACCACUAGAGAAUCUCUGGCAAGAAAAUCCCAAAUGGGGUUACAAAGCAUCAGACAUGACUGAACAACUGAUUAAGUA